GACUUGUGUCACGUAACUGACGCAGACGCCAGAGGAGCGGAGUGCAGGUGACAGCAGCUGUUGUUGUGCGGUGAUGAUGUAAUGCUGCUCCGGAUGGCGGUGUGCGCCAGGCUCUGUGGAGUGGGGCAGUCCCGGAGGUGCAGGCGGCGGCAGCGGCACAGCCAGGCGGACCAGGACAGCGACUCCGACAUGGAGAUGGAGGAGGGGGAGGAAGAAGAGAGGGUGGUGGGCAAAGCGAAAGAUGAGCCUGACGGCAGCGGUAUCGGCGGCGGCUGUCAUAGCAGCUGCGGCGCAGGGCCUAGUGGAGCCGGUUCCGGAGCCUCGGCCUCGGGCUCCGCAGGGCCGCCACACCCGCAGUCUCUGCUGGAUCUGCCGCCCGAGCUGCUCGUGGAGAUCUUUGCGUCUCUGCCCGGCAUCGCGCUGCCCAACCUGGCGCUGGUGUGCAAGAAAUUCAGGCAGAUCCUGAACACGGAAACCAUCUGGAGGAGGAGAUGCACUGAGGAAUUUGGUAUGAGAGAUGACCUGAGGAAGAUGGAGAUUGUGGGAAUAUCGAGCCGAGAUUUGUAUGUGAAACGUGUGAACCCACAGGUGAAGUCAGGACGCUUUAUGAAGCUCCUCCCUGAUUAUGAGCAUAUGGACUAUCGGGACGUGUACACACACUUGUUGCAUCCUUAUCGGCAUAUUCUGGGUCUCUGGCAGCCUGAUAUCGGGCCCUAUGGAGGACUGCUGAAUGUGGUGGUUGAUGGGCUGUUCAUCAUUGGCUGGAUGUAUUUACCGCCCCACGACCCUCGUGUGGAGGACCCUAUGCGCAGACGGCCUCUUUUCCGCAUACACAUGUGGGAGAAAAACAAAGCCACAGUAGAAUGUAUGUACGGACACAAAGGGCCUCAUAAAGGAGACAUUCAGACUGUGAAGAAAGAUGAAUUUUCCACCAAGUGCAACCAGACCGAUCACCAUCGAAUGCCUGGAGGAAGGCAAGAGGAGUUCAGAACGUGGUUGGAGGAGGAAUGGGGACGAACGCUGGAGGACAUUUUCCACGAGCACAUGCAGGAGUUGAUCCUCAUGAAGUUCAUUUACACCAGCCAAUACGAUAAUUGCCUGACAUACCGGCGGAUAUAUCUGCCUCCGUGCCUCCCUUCAGACCUCCUGCAGCCAGGCCUCUUCAAAGGGACAUAUGGCAGCCAUGGCCUGGAGAUCAUCAUGCUGAGCUUCCACGGCUCCAAGGCCAAAGCCACCAAACUCACCGGUGAUCCGAAUGUCCCGGCAGGUCAGCUGACGUUGGAAAUUGACCUGCAGCGUCCCGUGCGUCUGCCAGAUCUGGAACAGCAACGCAGUAUGGAGGAGCUCUCUCGCCUGGUGCUGGGAGUGCACGAGGAAGUACAGAGAGCCUCACAAAGUCAGGGCGUCCAAGCGGAGGCAGCAGAGUCCGAAGUAGAGGCCUCAGAUUCAGCGCCCCCUGCUGGAGCGGAGGACGAGGAGCCUGCAGCUGCUGCCGCUCCUAAAACUCAGGCUUUCGUGCUGCCGCUGGGGGUCAUGGCGAGAAAUGAAGUUUACCCUCGAACAUGCAAGAUGUGUUUUUACGGAACUGGCCUGAUCGCAGGUCACGGCUUCACAAGUCCAGAGAGAACGCCGGGUCUGUUCAUCCUGUUUGAUGACGAUCGAUUCGGCUUCAUCUGGCUGGAGCUCAAGUCCUUCAGUCUCUACAGCAGGCUUACCGAUCAGCUGACCCAUGCUCAGGCUCCAAGCAUGCAGCGCUUCGAGAACAUGCUCCGCAACAUGCAGUCCUGGACGUCCUGAUAGAUCACACACACGUUACACGCUCGCACUUCUGCUCCCAUUCGCAAAUGGUGUACACUACCGGUCGGAAGUUAAAGAUCAGUAUGAUUUUUUUAAGUGUUUAAAAAAUUGUGCUUAAAAAGGCUGGAUUUAUUUAAUUUAAAAUAUAAAAUACAAAAAA